AUGUCCUCCCCAUACGCAAACUACGGCACGGCCUUCUUCGGCGUAGAAUACCGCGUCAAUGGACUAUGGAACAAUUUGCUAAGCCAAUUCUACAAGACGGGGGCGGCAGAUAAAGACUUUAUAAUUUCUCCAGAAGCCUACCCGAAACCAGAUGACACAAAAGGAUUAAAAGCGGACCUCCUCGUCUCCUCGCUUAUCAGCAAGGGAAGUGGGUUUUCAAUAUCGACACCAAUGCUCGUCUACGAGGGCAAGGGAGCAAAUGGGGACAGUUUUCCGGAUAUCAUGGACCAGUUGGAGAAUUGGCUGGCAGAAGCAGCUCUUCUCAAACCGUUCGACUGCUGGGCAAUUGGCACUAGAGGUUCCCAAGUUGCAUUUUUGGUCUGGCAGCAGGACACAAUUCAAUGGCUGAAUUGGGGCGGUAGUAAACCAAUUCCCGUUUCGUCACAAAAAGUAUUUGAUAUCACGAAGGAUGCUGACUGGAACACUGUUGUAGCCAUGCUUGCUUUUUUUAACGGUAAUCCCUUGCAGCGUAUCGACGUGUAG